AGUUUACAGCGCAAUGAUCAAAUUAAACACACUGAGCAGAAUAAUAACAACGCGAAUAUGAAAUAUGAUCUGAUGACGCCUGUUUAGUGACGUCAUCACGCUCAUUUAGAAAGCGAAAGUAAAAAAAUAAACGGCUUCAGUCAGAGUCUCGUCCAUUUUCUCCUUUAUAUUUGCUCAUUAAUGCGCGGAAGGGCUCGGGCUGAUCUACAGUCAUCAUUGUACCGUGUUAGCUCGUGUUUUCCCGGAGCUCGAGUGUGUGUCUGCGGUGAGUUCUGUCCUCGUGAUUCUCCAGUCUGAUCAUAAACUCGUCUGACAGAAAUGCGCUCGAUUAUCGGCCUUCUGCUGCUCAAUCUCCUCACAGACUGCUCUGUGUCGUUCAUCGUCACGGUUCCUCCUGGUCCUUUAGUGGCUCAUGUGGGUUCUACAGUUAUUCUGCCCUGCUGGAUCUCUCCGGCCCAGAAUGCUGAAGCUCUGGAGAUCCGCUGGUACCGUCAUGGAGAGUUCCGCAACACUGUACUCUUAUACCAACGUGGCAAGAUACAAGAUGAACAGGAGAAGUCCUUCAGGAACCGCAGCUCUCUGACACCACGCUCGGAUCAUUCUGAAGGACUGAAGGGUGGAGAUGUGUCUCUGAAGCUGGAGAAGAUCAUCAUUCAGGAUGAAGGUUCAUUUCACUGCUAUGUCAGUGGAGACAGUGCAUAUGGCAGUAAAGACCUGGAGCUGAAAGUCACAGCUCCAGGAUCUGCUCCUGUCCUGUUCCCCAGGCCUCUGGAUGACGACCGGCUGAACGUCAGCUGUCGCUCCAGCGGCUGGUACCCCGAGCCAAACAUCACGUGGACAUCAGACCAGGGAAAGACUCUGCCUCCUGCAGGAGUGUCUCUCCAUCGGGGAGCAGACGGGUUAUUCUCUGUCCACAGCUGGACCACCGUCUCUCCAUCAGAUGCUCAGCUGGUCUCCUGCUCCGUGUCCACUGCAAUUGGAGAGUCUAAAGAGGGAAAGUUGGACAUACAGGGCCUCGUCUCUUCAGAUUCUUCAGAGCCAUGGAAGGCUCUGUUUAUCACCUUUACCCUCCUCUUCUGUGUCCUUCUGGGUUUGGCUGGAUGGAUGCUCUACAAAUAUAGCGGCAAACUAACAGAAAGGAAACAUGCUGGAACAGACUGUGAGGAUGUACAUGUGGAGGAGAGAAAAGUUCCAGUUCCAGUAGCCAUGAAUAUGGAAGAACUGAGGAAACACGCAGAGCAGAUCAGUAUUGAUCGUGAGAGUUUAUCUCCAGAUCUGAAGAUAUCGAGUGACUGUAAAUCUGUGAGGGACAGUCCAGAUUAUCAUCCCACUGCAGAGGGGUUUCCAUAUCAGUUAUGUGCAUUUGGAGCUCAACAGUUUACCUCUGGUCGACACUAUUGGGAGGUACAGCUGGCAGCUCCACCAAUCCCUCCUAAAAUCUCCUGGUUAAUCGGUGUGGUGAAACAUGGUAAUUAUUGUGUAAAAGACAGAUCUGCUUAUACUCCAUCAAGGGGUUUCUGGUUCUUGAGUUCAGAUGGUGGAAAUGGCUUUUACACAAACACUGAUCCCCCAAUAACCCUGUCCAUAUCCCCGAGGCCUGAGCGACUGGGAGUUCUGCUAGAUUAUGAUGCAGGUCUGCUGUCGUUUUACAGCGUUAAAGAGAGUAAACAUCUCCUGACCAUGAGCACUAGAUUCUCAGGCUCAAUCGUUCCUCUGUUUAAUCCUGGUGUAGGCGACGCAAGUCCACUCAAAAUAGUAGAUUGUCCAGUAGCUGAAGAAUCACCUGCAGAGGUCACUCUACCUUUACUGAGUAACUGCAGCACAGUGGCCUGACUGACUGACACAGAGCUAACAGAAAUAAACCUGAAUGUUUCUGUAUAUAUACACUAGCUGGGGCUCUAUCCUAAUGUGAAGAAAAAAGGUUUGGAAAAAGAUUUGCCAUCCAGUUGAUUUAAGUAACAGAAUAUAGUAUUGGUAACCUCAGCAAGCUGCAGGAAACACGGUGAGCAUAAUGGUGUUGAAAUGUUCGCUACAUCAGAUUUUAUUAGGGAAAUGUGUUUCCAUCUCCCAUUAUUCAAAUUAAUAAUAAUAAUAAUUCUGCUUAUGGCCAUAACACCCUGGGCACGCCCGAUCUCAUCUGAUCUCGGAAGUUAAGCAGGGGUGGGCCUUGUUAGGGGUGGCACCGAGGGUCAUGCUGUGGCCUCACAGCAAGAAGGUCGCUGGUUCGAGUCCCAGCUGGGUCAGUGUGUGUUUCUGUGUGGAGUUUGCAUGUUCUCCCCGUGUUGGUUUCCUCCGCGUGCUCCGGUUUCCCCAACAGUCCAAACACAUGUGGUAUG